CACAUAUGCGAUACAGUGAGGACACAAAACUGUUUUGGAAAAUAGGGUGGCGUUUGUUUGGUUGUCGAUUUGUAAAUUUUAUGGCUGGAUUCAAAAACCAGUCUGAAUAUUCGCUGGGUAUUUCUGAGAAAAGUAAAUAUAGUCCAAAAACUUCAAAGAUAAACUUUGCUGUUCCAGAUAUCAAAGUGCUUCGUUCUUUUGAUCGUUUUAAGUGUGACAGCCAACGUGACCCUGGGAUUUACGAUGAUGUAAUUUCAUUGCUCGAACAGAAUGCAGGUCACAUGUCAUUUUGUCUUACAUUCGAUGGCAAAAAACUCAAACAAGGUUUAACACAACAAUUUGGCGACGUUGAUCUAAUUGGAUUUGAAAACGGACCAACACUAAUGGAAAAAAGAUCAAUUUUGCAGCAGACUACUGAAGACUUAAGUGUAUUAUCCUCACAAAUCCGGAGUCAAUUUGACAAGAAAGUUCCUUUAAAAAGGUUGCCAGAUGAGCUGAAAGCACAACUCAAGCAUUUUCUCUUGAAUAUGCUUAAAACUGUGUCAACAGGAAAACAUGAGAUGGAGCAAAUAAAAAGGAAAAAAGAGUAUGCCAAAGAUAAGUUGAUGGAACGAAGUGAUGAAACUAACUGGAGAAAUGGGAAGUUUGGUUAUGCGAUAAGUGCCAUUAUUGCAUACAUCUAUGACAUUGACACGUUUGUUGGGAAAUCUGAGAAAGUUAUUCGAGAAAUAUGCGUGUGUGUGGCUUCACUCAAUGGAAAAUUGUUUGUGGAUGAUAGGAACGUUAGCUUAGAAAACAACAGUGCAUUUUAUGCUAUUGAUGAACUUCAAAAUGUGGACGAAAACUACAGUACAAGAUUAAUCAAGCAGAGAACUGAAAGGUGGUUUGAAUUGCGUGCAUCAGCCAAGAUUACCGGCAGCACACUGUACAAAGGGCUUGGGUUUGAUGGUCUGAAAAAUCAGAAAGACUAUUUUGAAGGUCAGUUCUGUGGCGUCCCCAGCAAAACACCAUCUGAAUACAUAGCUAAUGCAAUGAAGCAUGGUCAAGAUAAUGAAAUCAAUGCCGUAGCAACACUUGUUGGCAAGAUUUUGCCUGUCGUUUUGCCUGAUUUAGUUUACUGUGAAGAAGGCUGUGUCGUGGUGCAUGACGAAUGUCUAAACCCAUUUUUAGUUGUUUCACCAGACGGAAGUCUGCGACGAGACGUAUCGAUGAAAAGUUCAGAAUAUGCAGUCGAAAUAAAAUGCCCAAUACGUGACGUACAUUAUGAGUUCCCAGAAAGAUACCUGCUGCAAUGUUUAUCUGAAAUUGAGGCACUUGAUGUCGGAAAACUUAUAUACUUGUCCUGGACCGACACAUUUACCUCUGUCUUUAUCGUUGACAGGAAUAAAUCUUUGUUUGCUAAGGCGAUGCAGCUCGCAAAUUCAUUAUUUGGUGGUUCCAAGAUAGAGAUGCCAACUAGGUUGCCGGAUCAAAUAAAACUUCUCAAAGAAGAAAUGCAUACAUGUUGCAAGACAAUACCAUUGAUUGGACUCUUUCCAUCUGCAUUUGUUGGAAACCCUAAAACAUGCUCUGACCAAGAAAGAACUGUAUAUGAUAUGACUUGCCUUUUAGAAUCAGUACAAGACUUUCACGCCAGAAGAUAUGAACUUAAAAGAGAAAAGGCAUCAGAAUCGAUUGUGUUUAUUUGUUCUGACCUAAAUAGAAGUUGGGAUAAAAACACAAGGUAUAAUGUUCCAGUUGCGUGGUUAACAAAGGGUUACAGUCUCGACACACAGACAAUGAGACAAAUAUCAGAGGGAGUACAUAUGAAGUGUCAUGCAGCUGGUAUACACAUUCCAUGUCAAUCCUUUGAUGGCCAGUGGCACAAUAUUGUUACUAGAACAAUCGACAAUAAGCCUCUGACAAUACUUCAACUCCAGAAAGAUGUAUGGCGAGAAGUUGAGCAAAUGCGAAAACAGACAAUAAUCACUAAGUUUCGAGAAAUCAAUACCUGUCCAACUUGGUUUGUCGCACAAAAUGACAAGUUCAAACGAAUAAUUGUGAGCAAUUACAUAACGGAUGUGCCAAAAAUAAAACUUGAAAGAAACAAACCUUCAACAAAAGAAAAUACAAUAGGAGGGACACACGAAAUUCGAGAAGAUUCAAAUGCAUGUAUUGAUGUUAGAGAUAACUCGGACAUACAAACAAACUCAACGGAAGAAGACGUAGUAGAGAAUGAAAUGUUGACAACUCCAUAUAGUGUCACCGACAAAGAUGCACGUUGCUUACUUGCUUUAUUAAAGUCAGACAAAGCAAGCAACAACAAAGGUCAAUGGGAUGACAAAGAAGAAGAUCACAUUAAAGAAAGUAUGUCUAUGUCAAUGAAACUUAAAUGCAUGCGAGAUGUAGAGCUUAAAGUUCUUGUAAGGUACUUUAGAAAGACGCGAAACUUGACACUGAACGAAACGGCAACUAAAACUCGCAAAUUAGAAGAACUUUCAGGAAUGCUUGGACUAUCAAAGCCUGAAACGGAAAAAGGAUCUUCGAAAAGGUCUUCGAAAAAACAGUAUCACACCAAAUCAUUGCGUGAUUUAGCAGUCAAAGUACUAACAACUAAAGUUUCAAAGCAAGCAUUAAACUGUGCUUACGCAGAGAUCAUUUGGAACGAUCAGUAUAUCAAGUGGAAAUCUGAAGCUCCAGUUUUGGACAAAAUUAGUAUUAAUGAGACUGGCAUUUCUAGAGAAUGGUUCUACCACCCAGAGUUCAGUACAGCCAGAAAUCAGCUGGAAGUGAAGUGUAUCGAUGCCACACAUUUGCUUACACGAACAAGAAGGAAAUGUUGUAAAGGUGGUCUUGAUGGGUUAAGCAAUAGUGCUUGGAAAAGAGUUGCAAGAACGGGGAAAACAUUGCUGACUCCAAUCAUGGUGGAUGACAUUACAGAUCCUAUGUCAUCUGCGAUGGCUGCAACCCACUUCUCAGACAAAGUUGAAUCAGAAAUGCGUCAAAUGGGGGAGAUCGAAUCAGCAGAUUUAUGCAGAGACAUUCGAAUGUGGUGGGAGGCAGAGGACUGUUCGGGAAUCCCGGCGCUUGAAAGGUUCAGAAUGAGAGAGAGUCUUCGAAAACGUCUCUUGUCUCAUGUUGAGUUCUGCAAAUUUCCACCACCAACAAUGAACGUUGCAGGAUGGCCAAUACAGCUCUGGGAGGCACUACUGUCACAUAUCGAUGCCAAAACCAUGCUGUACGAACUUUGCCAUGGAGGCUGUUACAACGUUAGAGCGUUUAGUAGUCUAAUUGGAGAAACAUUUUUCUCUGAACUUGUUCUCCAUGACAAGACCGGAUGCGGCACUGUUUCUGCUGCCGAGUUUGGACGUUUCAUUGGAACAGCAACAGAGCAGCUGCAUAUGCGUCAAGACCCAGACAGGAAGUUUUUUUACCGUACUAGUCGCUCCCAUGUGUAUGGCUUGACUGGAUCAACUGAGAGCAGCACUGCACAGCCGACCAACAGUGACGGAUGCAAUACGCAACAGCAGAAUGACAUCAUUCGAAAAAUAAGAUUAAAGGACCACGAAUUUGACAUUCCAAAACGGAAGGAACCUAAACGAAAAUUUGACACCGUGUCAACAAGCAGAAACGCUCUCCAGAAGGGAACGUUGGGUGUCCGAUGGGAGAGGGCAAGACGAAAUGACAGCAAAAUGCUUCUAACAUCAAAAAUGGGAAUUGACAUUGACCCGUAAAAGGAAAUCAUAAUAUCAUACGACAGUUUGUAGUUCUUUAAAAGACAGCUGUCAUUUUUGAUAUUCGUUAACCAACGUUACCUAUAUUGAUUCCGUGUAAUGCUACUGAAUUUGAUUUUGUGUUGCUCUUUCUAUGUUUAUGCAUUGAGGAGCUACCAAUAUUGGGGCCGUAUAAUAUGCUGCCUAUAUUGACGCUGUGGGAUGCUUCAUUUAACGAGGCCUACCGGUAUAUUCAACCUUUUUGGGGGAUUUGAAACAACAACAGACAUAUUGGAUCUAACUUUAUUUUGUUUGCUGUUAUUUGUUUCAAGUUUUAAAAUUACAGUUUCUAAAAAAUGCCAUGUAUCUUGUAUCUUGUUAAUUAAAAAAAAGGUAUCUUU